GUACUGUCAGUGCUGCUGGGUAAUUCACCUGCGAGAUAAGCGAUGUUUCAGCGGGCGUUUCACAUAACGUGUAUUAACUAAAACAGGACUAAAGCGAUCAACUGCCAGAUUUAAAAUUGUACUCCCGACUAAAUCAAGAGAGUCGGUCGCUGAAAGAUGGGGGAGUUUGAGAGCAGUGCUCUGGGCCGGGUAACGGUGUACUCCAUCCAGGGCUGCCCACACUGUGUGCAGGCGAAGGCCACCCUGGGGCGUUUGGGAGUACCGGUAUGUGACGUGGAUGUGGGGAGGCAUCCAGAGCUAAGAGCCAGGGUGAAGGAACUGACAGGACGCAGCUCAGUCCCUCAGAUCUUCUUCAACAACAUUCAUGUAGGGGGCAACGAUGACCUACAGAAAUUGGCUCCUGAGGAGCUUCAGAGGUUGGUAAAUAUGGUCAAGGAUGAGCCUCUUCCAGCAGAUGCUCCACCACUACCAGAGACUAAAUCAGAGGAGACGACUGUGGACACCGAUGGAGCCCUCGCAGAGUUUAAGUGUGAGAGAGAUGAGUUGGCAGACCUGGUAGAGGACCUCAAACAUGGCAGUGUGAUUGGCCAUCAUAGGAGGGGACUGACAUUAUACAAAAAGAGCUUCUCAGGGGAUCAACUGGUUGACUGGCUGCAAAAAGAGAAGGGGAUGGCCAGGGCUGAGGCCUGUAAAACUGGCCAAGCUUUGUUGCAGAAGAAGUACAUGGUCAGUGUGCGUGGCAGUGGGCAGCAGGAUGGCAGUUUUGGAGAUGGGAAAGACGCCAUGGACACGCUGUAUAGGCUGCUGGAGGACGACCCUCAUUCAGCCCUCAACGCAGGACAGACGGCAGCCUGCAGUCCCAUCCAGGCUGCUGAGCUGUCUUUGCUUUUACGAGAGAUGAUUCUGAAAUUGUUCUCCGAGCAUCUCUCUGCUGAUGGCAAGUCUGUGGACUACAAAGGCAUGUCUGUGAACCCUGCCUUUGAGCGGUACUGUGAGCUAGCCAUCCAGCUGCAGAGGGUAGAGCUGCUUUCGCUGAGUCGGGAGGAGAAGCUGGCCUUCUUCAUCAACAUCUACAAUGCCUUGGUCAUCCAUGGGUACCUACGCAUGGGGGCCCCCACCAACAUGUGGCAAAGAUACAGAUUCUUCAACUAUGUGAGCUACCUGAUUGGAGGAGAAGUGUUCACGUUACAGGACAUUGAGAAUGGAGUUCUGAGAGGGAACAGAAAAGGUGUCGCACAGCUCCUAAGGCCGUUCUCUAAAACAGACCCACGACUACAAGUGGCUCUUCCGGAUGCUGAGCCCCUCAUUCACUUUGCCUUGAACUGCGGCGCAAAGGGCUGCCCGCCAAUUAAAACAUACACUCCACAGGACAUUGACAUUCAGCUCCGCUUAGCGGCUGAGUCCUUCCUGGAGAAUGACGACGGCUGCGUGGUGGAUUCUGGGAAAAGAGAAGUGCGACUCAGUCAGAUAUUCAAGUGGUACAAAACUGACUUUGGAGGCACUGAUGAAAAGUUGCUGAAGUGGGUUUUGGAGCACAUGGGGGACUCUCCGAAGAAGACAAGCCUGCAGGGUGUCCUUUCUGCUGGGAAGAUCAAAGUCAGCUUCCUCCCUUACGACUGGAGUACCAACAGCGCCCACUGAGCAUGCCCACACAAAUACGCACACGCCCCCGCUACGUGCUACGUGUCUUUGCAUCAUCCACUUUCUGCCGAGCUGCGUCUACUGAAAAACCAGGAAUUGGUGAUCUGGUGCUCGCCAAACUCGACCCACUUGUCUUCAGCCAUGCAAAUGUUUUUUAUGCAAAACAAACUGUAUAUCCAUGUGGCGAGAGGGGCGCGUUUGCACUGUACCACUGAAUCAUACUUCUCUUGUAGGCUCAUCCUAGCUUUAAGGUCCUAUUGGAAGCUCCUACACCCUGUGUUUGGAAGUCAUGUAUUGAGUUUUAUAUUCAAGUUUUUAUUGGUUUGACGUAAUAACAGAGUUCCUAUUUCAGAAAUCAAGUUGCACACAGACUGUGUACUGCAGCAGCAUAAUUACAACCCCAAUUCCAAUGAAGUUGGGACGUUGUGUAAAACGUAAAUACAAACAGAAUACAAUGAUUUGCAAAUCCUUUUCAACCUAUGUUCAAUUUAAUACACCAUGAAGACAAGAUAUUUAAUGUUCAAACUGAUAGACUUUGUUUUUUGCAAAUAUUCACUCACUUUGAAUUUGAUGCCUGCAACACGUUCCAAAAAAGCUGGGACAGGGGCAUGUUUACCGCUGUGUUACAUCACCUUUCCUUUUAACCACACUCAAUAAGCGUUUGGGAACUGUACAACUUCAGAUGCUCAACAGUCCGGGGUCUCCGUUGUCAUAUUUUGCGCUUCAUAAUGCGCCACACAUUUUCAAUGGGAAACAGGUCUGGACUGCAGGCAGGCCAGUCUAGUACCCGCACUCUUACUACGAAGCCAUGCUGUUGUAACACGUGCAGAAUGUCAGACCACAGCACACUUUUCCACUUUGUGUCAGUCCAUCUCAGAUGAGCUCGGGCCCAGAGAAGUCAGCGGCGUUUCUGGGUGUUGUUGAUAUAUGGCUUUCGCUUUGCAUUGUAGAGUUUUAACUUGCACUUGUUGAUGUAGCGACGAACUGUGUUAACUGACAAUGGUUUUCUGAAGUGUUCCUGAGCCCAUGUGGUAAUAUCCUAUACACAUUGAUGUUGGUUUUUAAUGCAGUGCCGCCUGAGGGAUCGAAGGUCAUGGGAAUUCAAUGUUGGUUUUUGGCCUUGCAACUUAUGUGCAGAGAUUUCUCCAGAUUCUCUGAAUCUUUUGAUGAUAUUAUGGACCGUAGAUGAUGAAAUCCCUAAAUUCCUUGCAAUUGUACGUUGAGAAACAUUGUUCUUAAACUGUUGGGCUAUUUGCUCACGCAGUUGUUCACAAAGUGGUGAACCUCGCCCCCAUCCUUGCUUGUAAAUGACUGAGCCUUUCGGGGAUGCUCCUUUUAUAUCCAAUUAUGACACUCACCUGUUUCCAAUUAACCUGUUUACCUGUGGAAUGUUCCAAACAGGUGUAUUUUGAGCAUUCCUCAGCUUUCCCAGUCUUUUGUUGCCCCUGUCCCAGCUUUUUUGGAACAUGUUGCAGGCAUCAAAUUCAAAGUGAGUGAAUAUUUGCAAAAAACAAUAAAGUUUAUCAGUUUGAACAUGGAAUAUCUUGUCUUUGUAGUGUAUUAAAUUGAAUAUAGGUCGAAAAGGAUUUGCAAAUGAAUGUAUUCUGUUUGUAUUUGUGUUUUACACAAUGUCCCAACUUCAUUGGAAUUGGGGUUGUAGUAAGAUGAAAUGCACAUUAUUAAUGCCCUAUGUAAAAUGUCACAGCCUGAAAAUUGACAUAUUUCCCAAAUUAAUUUUGAGUAAAUUAUCAGAGAAUGCUAACGGAAAGCAUAUUGUAUAAUAACAACAACAAUCAUCAGUAUGGCUUCAAUGUUCACCAGUCCUAGUCUUUAAACACCGUGUCAGCCACUCAGGAGUCACAGAUUAUCACAAUCGUGUCUGUCCAACACAACACUCAUUGGGCUAUUUAUGUGGAGAAUUUAAUCAGAGCUGCUGGAGAUGAUAAUUUGGCUGAUUCAAACACACUGCCUUGACAAGCCAUAUCAAAACCCUUUGAACUUACAGAACCUAGUAAUUCACGUUAAGCGGGCUGCAGCUUUUCAACAAAGCUGCUCCGUCAUUUAUAGUCAUAAUUUUUUAACCCGCAGAUGUAAACAAGUUGAGGUUUUCUACAGGGGAAGAAAGUAAUAGCUGUUGCAGUUUUAACACCGCGCCCAGGGGAUAUUAAAUGCUAAAAUAUAAACACAACUCUGCUUGUGGCUGUAAAUCACCAGAUGUUUGCCUUUUAAAGAUUUUGUAAAGAAAAGUAUGAACAUUUCCUUUUCUGAGCAUCUAUGACCCAGGUAUCAAGAUCUUUUUCAUUGGACAAACAACAUCUGGUUUGAUGCUGCUACUGCCACUUAUCUCCUCAAAGCAUUGGCACAUGUUGGACAGGGACUGUAGCUUGGAGCAGGAGCUGUGAGGGGGCUGUAUCCUCUGAUGUCCUCAUCUUUGCAGACAACAGCCUCAGUAGGAUCCAGUCCCUGAAUAAAAACGGUGUCCUUGUUUAGAGCACACAAACAGAUGCAGCAUGACUUUUGCAUGUAUUGAUCAGUAUUUUAAAUUUUUAUUUAUAACCCCUGGCGGUAUUUUGUUUCUUCCUUUCUCCAUGUGAUCCCACAUGGUUGUUCACCCCACUUUUUGAUCCAGGUCUUCCAUUUGAAAUCAGAAAAGUGCUACUGCUGUGUUUUGGCACAGUUAUUUAGUAAAAGAUAUAGGAAUAUUGUGAAUUAUUGAACUAUCAAUUAAAACUAUAUAUUUGGAUGCACUCUUGACACUUUGCAUGUUUAUCGCCACCUCUGAAUGCUGUUGAGACAGAUUUGUACUUUUUUGACAAAGACAUAAAAACGGGCUGUGUUUAUCCCUCUAUUUCUAAUAUUUCCAGGGUGUCUGCAAGAACUGGAAAAAAAACCUGUUUUGAAAAUAUUUUUCGUUACCCCAAAGAGGUAGUCAUAAAUACAAUUCAAUGUAGCAGUUAAGGUUUUGAUUAGACUUUGCAGCUUUUUGGUGUGUUGAGGUUCUGCCUACAAAACUCUAUAGUAUCCUUUUACUAUUCCCUUUCAAAACUGUAGUUCAGCUUGGUUUUCCAUUUUACUUUGUAAGACUUCUUUAUUUUGAACCUGAUACAUUUUUUAGUGUGAUGUGCCACACAUAUAAUACUGUAUAUGAUUAUGGGUAGUGUGCGACUUAGAAAAACCUCUAUUUAAGGGUCUAUUUCCAUAAUUCAAAGAUUUUCUUAUCUCAGGUCAAAGGAAAAUGUUAGUGGAAACAAUAUUAAGUUGUUUGAUGUCAUGCGGCAUGUUGUGUAUAGUCUUUGACAGUUUCAUUCCUUUGCAAAAACACUGUGUCAUGCACAUUACUAUAACUUUGUCUUUCAGCUAUAAAGAGCACCAAAGCAUAUGGUUAAAUUAGCAUGCAUUAAAACUGGAAUGCAAUUUGCUGCAUGAGAUACUGGACAACCCUCCAAUCUUGAAUGCAGGCCUCAAGCAGCACACCCUCUGUUGCUGCUUUGUUUCUAGCCUGUAAGCUCAGCCAUAAGAAGUAGUUGGACCUUAACACUUACUCCCCCAAUUAGACCAUGUGUUAUUUAAUAUUGGAAUACGAUAGUGCAAGCCCAAGUUUGGUCAGAUUUAAAACAUAACUCAGUAUUAAACAAUACACUGCACUUUUUCUAUGAAUACAUGCCUUCAGUGACAAGUGCACCCUUGGCUUUACUACACUUACAAACUCCAUCAUUCAUUGACAGAGUAAAACUAAAGGGGAAGACAGUUUGUGGGCUAAAAUGAACAUAAAGGGGUUUUAGAUCCCUGUCCGCUGUCAAAUUACCUCGUGUAUCAGGAAAAUGUGAUGCAAAAACUUUUUUAAACAAGCAACUAAUAUUCUGUUUUCCUCUUUCUUGGGGUUAACAAUGAAGCAAUAUGUUUAUGUAUAGUAAAUAUGCAAUGCUGAACUAAAAAUAAAAUAUGAGUUUGG